AUGACUUCCAUUCACUGUACUCUGUAGUAGUACAUAUUGAGAGAGCCUUACUGACGGUCAAUGAAAUGAGACCUGAGGCCUGAGGAAUAGCAAAGAACCCCAAUCACGAGUUCUUGCUCUUACCGCUCACCAUCAUGUCCUUCGCGCAACCACAUCCUCGUUUCUCCGUCCUUUCAGCCUCUUCCCUUUCAUCAGCCGAACACCUCUCACCCGCAGCUUCCAGUGCACGAUUCUCUCUACCUUCAGCACCUUCGAUCAACACCACUCUUAACACCCCCAAACCUGGACUGAGACCAAACAUCUAUGAUCGGAACCUCAAUAAGACGCGAACAGCUGAAGUCUCAGCGUCCGCAUUCACAUUCUUGUUCUCGGAGGUAGUACAAUAUACGCAGAAGAGGGUGACGGGGAUAAGUGAUCUCGAACGAAGAUUGAACACACUGGGCUAUCGAGUUGGAACGAGGUCUCUCGAGCUUAUAACAUGGCGAGCAGAAUCAUCGUCGAAGAAUCCUAAGCGGGAGAUUCGGUUCCUACCUGCACUUAUGUUCAUCCAUACACAAGUUUGGAGGGCAACCUUUGGCAAGCCUGCGGAUGCAAUAGAGAAGAGCGUGGAGAACGCCGAUGAGUAUAUGAUCAUCGACAACGACCCUCCACUAACACGGCAUGUGUCGGUACCUAAAGAUAUGAGCCAACUGAGUUGCUCGUCGUUUACUGCUGGGAUAGUCGAAGCUGUUCUAGAUGGGCUGGGCUUUCCAGCAAGAGUGACAGCGCACAAUACACCACUAGAGAACUUUCCAAACAGAACGACAAUUCUUAUCAAACUAGAGAAGUCGGUACUAGAACGGGAAGAAGCGUUGAAGGCAUAAGGCCAUCGGUUAACUUUGUGGGUGGUCAUGAUAUCCUAAUGUCUCAGUAUUCGUGAGUGGAUGUAUCAUUAUCGUUUACACUAUUUUUCGAUCGUUGUCGGAACUUCUCGAAUGGCCAAUGCGUUCUCCGGGU